UACGUGUUCUCCGGUUCUUCCCCGAGCUAAGCUCGACCUCCCCCUCCCGUCCAUUCCUAGCACGCACCGGAAAUCUCCUCCGGCCCGCAGCGCAUGUACGACGCCGGCAAUACAGCCACCGGCUCCCCUCCCCUUCCCUCUUAUCUGCCGCCCGAAUAUCCUCGGUGCCAUCGGACGCGCUUUUCUUUUGUUGCCUUUACCCAAAUCUCACCUUGUUCCUGGAUUGGAUUUCUGCUUGCUUUCCUGAUCAAUUGAAAUCUGUAAUCCGCAGCUGGGGCAUUCAGCGGAAAGAGCGCUCCUGGACUGGGGAGGCGAGGUCGCGGAUAAGCACCAAUUUGGGCGUCGGCGCUUCAGGAUAUAUUGAGAUGGCUGGAAAAGGACGCUAUGUUCCGCCGCAGUAUGUUCCGUUAUAUGGUCUAGACACUGAGGAGGAUAGUGUUCCUGAGGUGGAGGAGAACAUUGCCACGCGCCAAAGAUUAAGCCGGGAUCCUACACAAUGGUCUUCAGGCAUUUGUGCUUGUUUUGAUGAUCCACAGAGCUGUUGUAUUGGUGCGACUUGCCCCUGCUUUCUCUUUGGAAAAAAUGCACAGUUCUUGGGAUCUGGAACUCUCGCUGGAUCAUGCACCACACAUUGCAUGCUUUGGGGCCUUCUGACAAGUUUCUGCUGUCUGUGUACUGGGGGGCUUGUAUUAGCAGUUCCAGGGUCUGCUGUUGCUUGUUAUGCUUGUGGAUACCGCCAAGCACUAAGAACGAAGUACAACCUUCCGGAAGCACCAUGCGGUGAUUUGACGACACACUUAUUCUGCCAUCUGUGUGCGAUAUGCCAAGAGUACAGGGAGAUCCGCGAGAGAACAGACACUGGCACCUCUUCAGCUCCUGAUGUUACCCCACCUCCGGUGCAGACAAUGGAUGAACUUUGAUUGAGUAGAUGACGCAAACAUAUCCUGACUCGCAAAUUUUUGGUUGGCUUGGCAUGCCCUUGCCUGCAAGGGCUUGUGUUAUCGCGCACUGCUCCCACAACUACGAUGUCAGACUGUAUACAGCUGGUGUAAAGAUAACCUUGUAAACUAAUGGACAGCGCGAAAAGGUGUAACCUGUUGUUGCACGAUUGUAGCUUGUAACAUUUUUUUCUUCAUAUAUGUAGAAUUGAAAUGAAAACAAAAUAA